GUGUUGAAUUGACGUUGGGUUCUAUCGUUAAAUUCAAGCCGAUUCAUUUUAUCAUUUUUCAAAACGAAUCGUUAUAAUUGAACAAAAAGUCAAGAGAAAAAAAAAAAGAAAAGAAAAUUUGAACAAAAAUUUGUAGGGAAGGAGAGAAGAAACGAAAGAGACUCUUCAAACGAAGUUGCUCUCACGACCCCGUCUCUCGCUCUAGAGUCCCUUAAUUUAAGCUAUGCAGCCUUGCAGUGAAGAAAUGCAAGCAAUGAACUCAAUCUUAAAGCAAUCUCAGAUGUCCCUUGAAGACCUCCAAAACGGUCAAUCGCAAAUCGCUAACCCUCAGAUUCAACUUCAGGCUUCUCAAUUCAACCCGACGUCGUCUCACGACGACUUCCUCGACCAAAUGCUUUCCUCGCUCCCUUCCUGCUCUUGGCCGGACCUCUCCGCCGCACCAAACCCUAAGUCACCUUGGGACCUCUCGUCAAUCUGUUCGCGAAAUUCUCGAGAAUUGUCAGACGAUCAGAGGCCGCUUAAUCCAGAGAAUGGUCAACACCAUCAGUUCCAAUUUGAUGAGUCGGCUUUGUUGGCUUCGAAGCUCCGGCAACACCAGAUCAGCGGUGGGGGACCGAAUUCACAGGCUGCGAAGUCGUUGUUGCUUCAGCAACAGUUACUCCUCUCUAGAGGCGUUUCUGGCGGCGGAGGUGGAUUGAGGUCGCCGACGGGAUCUUCCGGUACCGGUGAUUCUGGCCUUCUACCAAUGCCUCCGUGUCUAGGUAGCGACGACAACUUCAAAUCUGCCAAUCUGUUACAGGGAGGAGAUGGUUCUGUACGAGCUCUAUACAACGGCUUCACCGGAUCUCUGAAUGGGACCGCUCAGACUGUGUCGCAGAACUUCGGAGCUCCGGCGCCGGUGACGAACCAAGCUCCAUCGAAUGGUUCUGGCGGAGGAGCAGGGGCGCAGCCGAGACAGAGGGUGAGGGCACGGAGAGGUCAGGCCACUGACCCUCACAGCAUCGCUGAAAGAUUAAGGAGAGAGAGAAUUGCAGAGAGAAUGAAAGCUUUGCAGGAGCUAGUUCCCAAUGCCAACAAGACAGACAAGGCUUCAAUGCUGGAUGAGAUCAUCGAUUAUGUCAAAUUCCUCCAGCUCCAAGUCAAAGUUCUGAGUAUGAGCAGAUUAGGCGGUGCUGCAGCUGUUGCCCCUCUAGUUGCUGAUAUCUCCUCCGAGGGAGGUGGUGACUGUAAUCAGACAAAUAGUGGGGUUGGAGGACGGAUGAGCAGUAGUAACGGGGCACAGACGGCGUCAUCAAACGACAGCAUGACGAUGACGGAGCAUCAAGUGGCGAAGCUGAUGGAAGAGGAUAUGGGGUCCGCCAUGCAGUACCUACAAGGAAAAGGUCUCUGCCUCAUGCCCAUCUCUCUUGCCACCGCCAUAUCCACCGCCACGUCUCACUCCAGGAACAACAACCACCCACUACUCGCUUCCAACGGUGAGCCUGGCCCACCAUCUCCCAGCAUCUCCGCGUUGACCGUCCAGUCAGCCACGAUCGGUAACGGCGGAGGAGAGAUUUCCGUUUCAAAGCCCUGAUCUGAUCUGAUGAUGAUCACACCGUUGACCAUCAUACACACACUCUCUCCGUGGAGCGAAUAACGGACAACCUGACGGAGUAAAAGAGAAGACGUGAGGGAAUCUCUCAAGUUUUAACGGCCGUCAGUCAAGUCUACCAAAAUAAGGAGGGUCUCUUCAGCCUCAAAGCGUAUUACGACGCCGUAUUUACGUAGACUUGGCUUAUGCUUAAGCUAACAUAUAAUUAUUUUGAAUUUGUAUUAUCAGUUUAGUAUUAUCUAAACUAAGUUGGACUGAAUGUGUCUAAUGGGGGACCAUUUUUAAGUGGUGUCAUGAUGGUAUGUUAAAAAUGAUUAACAUUAUUAUUAUGAUCAUCACCAACUGAAAAUAGUUUCGGAAAUUAUGGGAUCUAAUCUAAUGCUCGAUAUUUGCAGGCUUCUCA